AUGUCGGAGAACCUCGUCCUCACCUUCCAGACCCAGCUCUCGGGAGUCAUGGAGACGGUCCUAAAGUCAGCCAUAUAUGAGAUCACCAGGCUGGUGGAGGACGGCUUCCUGGAGGAGGUGUCCCGAAGCCGUGAGCAGGUCGAGUCGCUGAAGAAGAGGCUACAGCGGUCGGAGAACAGAGGAAGGGAGAGGGACAGAGAGGGAGGCCAGAGGGGGAAGUGUGCAGACUGUGGGAGAGCUGAUGAGGAAGGUGGAAGCUCUGGAAACUCACAGACAGGUGUGGAGAGGGGGCGUGGCCUGAAGCAGGAGAAGGUACCAGGGGAGGAGUGGAGCAGCUGUGGGGGCGUGGCCAGGGAAACAGCCUUCCAUGAUCUGGAGGCUGAGGCCACCAGCCUUAGGAGAACCUCUGAGUCCACAGAGGUCACAGGUCAGAAGCUGGACAGCCUGCUGAAAGAGGAGCCUCUCCACAACACUGAGCUACAGGAGAGAUGGGGUGUCUGCCUGGACGGUGCCGAUGGUUCAGACGUCUCGGGGCCCAGUAAGAGUUUCAUUGAGCAGGAGCUGCAGCAGUGCCAGGCUGACUGGGGAUCCGGUCUAGACCAGGGGCCUGAACCACCAGGCCCAGAGGGAAACCCAGGGGACCCCAGCCAACCUCUCUUCCAACCCCGUUACAGCAUGGAGGAUCUGGGGGGUGGCUUUGAGAAAUCUGGUUACGGCGGUGCUGGUGGUGGAGGAGGCCAUCGUCUAGACGUGGAAGGGCUGGAUAGGCUUCCUGGUUCUCCGUCUCAUCUGGGUGCGCUGAGCUACGGAGCUGUGGGUCACUACCAGGUGGACCUGGGGGGGUCUGAGGGGGGAGACCAUCACCAUCGCUCCCACAUGCCUGGCCCCCAUCGGAGCCGGAGGGAGCAGGUGGCGUCGCCAACGCCACCCCCCCACCCAGAGGUGGGUGUCCGGAACUGCCUGUUGAUCAACGAGGAGGGUUACCUGCAGGACUCCAGUGUCUUGUACCCUGAACACGGUGUCCCAGAGUCAGGUAGCAGAGCCGGCCGCAGGGGGCUAACCUCCAUCCACUCUGGAAGCUCAGCCCACAACAACAACACAGAGAGCCUGUAUGGUGCCCCUGACAACUUUGGACACUCUCUAAACCUCAGAGAUCAUUCACAAGAGCAGGUAACAGAAGGAGGAGUAAUGGGAGGAGGGGGGAAGCGUCACGACUGCAAUCAAUGCACCAUGACAUUCUCAGACUCUGGCUCCCUUGAGGCCCACAAGCAGACGCACAAAACAGGUAGAGUCUCAGGAUCAGGAUCUGGGCCUCCGUACUCCUGCACCAAGUGUGGUAAGUCCUUCACCCAGGCUUGCAACCUCAAGGUCCACCAGCGGCUCCACCAGGCAGAGGGACUCCACCUCUGCAGCCACUGCUCCAAGGGCUUCACCUCCUUCUCCGACCUGAAGAGGCACAAGUGCAUUCAGACGACAGACAAGCCCUACUGCUGCUCCAUCUGUGGGAACAAAUUCAGUCGGCUCUGGAACCUCAAGCUGCACCGGCGCGUUCACACGCAGGAGAAACCCCACCGCUGCACUAUGUGUGACAAGAGCUUUGCUCGGGCAGACAAUUUGAAGGUGCACCAGCGCACCCACACUGGGGAGAGACCGUACUGCUGCGCUGUGUGUGGACUCAGCUUCAAACAACUAAACCAUCUGAAGUGGCACCAGCGUAAACACAGGCUGGAUCUCCUGGCCUGAGCAGUGGUCUAGAAAACAAUCUUUUUGAGAAAUUGUUUAUAAAUAAGGACAUUAAAAAUAUGAACUGUUGGAAAUCUAACCAUGUGUUGAAUAUGAAUUAAUGUCUUACAUUAUGGACUGUCUAUAAAUUGUCUGUUAUAAUGAUCAUGCGUAACCUAUGAAACAUUUGAAUGAUGGGACAUUCAUAUGCUCGUGGGAAGUUGUACAUCUGACAUGAUUGUGUUCAAGUGCAUUUGAAGUCAGACCAAUUCUUUAACCAAUAAGAUUUUUGCUAGCUUCUUUGCUAGCUAACGUUGCUCAUAAUAAAGUUAUCUAGUUUGCUUAACAUUGACAGUAUGGUAAAACUAGCUACAUUAUCCAAAUUGAUAAGUUUUUAAUUGUCAAAAUUGGAUUUGUUGUCAAGUUUUGGUUGAAAAGGUAUAAGUGGUUUCCCCCUUGUAAUUACGACUUAGAGGGUUGUUCAAGUGAAACUUUCCAGUCCAGAUUUUUACAUACAAAUAAAACAAAAUAAAACACAUUUUAAAGCAA